AUGGAGUCUACCAACAAGAAUCUUAUCAGACUCAUCAAGCAGAUAGGCUCAGAACACAAAAGGGAUUGGCAUCACCAUCUGAGGAGUGCACUAUGGUCAGACUGGAUAACACCAAAGCAGGUUUUAAAAACCUCCCCAUAUAAGCUAGUUUACGGGAAGGACACAUUGUUCCCCGUAUCCUUGGAGAUACCAGCCUUGCAACUUCUUAAGUCUUUUGAGAUAGCGGAGAAUCGCCCCAUGGACGUGAGGUUCACUGCAAUUAUGGAACUGGAGGAAGCAAGGGAAGCUGCGUUUGCCUCUCUCCAGACACAUCAACAAACCAUAAAAAGGUGGUUUGACAACAAAAAAAGUUCUGCCCCGCAAUUCCAACAAGGCGAAUUGGUUCUAAAGUUCAAUGAAAGGGCUGCCAAACCCGGUUAG